GCUGAGCGACCGUCGAACACUUGCGUUAUGAUGUCCCAUGGAUGUCGCAGGGACUCGAGAUUAUCGGUUGGGCCUUUUGUCCCCCGUUUAUGGAGUUCUUCAAUCAUCUACCAACCACAUUCUUGUGGGUCAAAAGAGUUUGUGCGACCAGGGCUGGAUUUUCCAUGAGGGGUCGUGCUACUGGGGGAGCGAGGCUGAGGUUACCGUGGAAUAUGUGCAAGCUGCUGCCAUCUGCCACCAGUCGGCAUCUCAUUUGGCAAGCAUUCUGACGUCAUCCGAGAACGACUUUGUCCGGACAGCGUUCCCCAACCUCUCUAAAAUCUGGCUCGGUGCCCACAAUGGCGGCGAGCAGCCUGGUACAUAUCGCAAGUCUCUGCUGUGGUCGGAUGGAAGCUUCCCUGCUUUCCGGGCCUCGGUGCUACUGAACGCCGUGCCGAACGCUGACUCACUUCAAUGCCUGGCAAUGCACGAAGAGGGCGAAUGGCUUGUAAAGCCGCCCACCAAGAAGAAAAGCGUUGUUUGUAAGAAGUACCCACACUUCUCCCAGCAAUUUGGCACGGGGGAGGGCGCUGUUCACCUGACUCACAUGGACUGUCAAGGCUGCGAGGACCACCUGAACCAGUGCAGACACGGCAGCUGGCAUGACGUCACUUCCUGUAGCCAGGCCAAAGCAGUGGGCUUGAAAUGUUCGGUCGUCUGCCCCACCUACGAGACAAACGCAGUGACCGAUGCUCGCUUUCCAUUCAAGCCCCUUAACCCCUCAUCGCUCCGGGUGGAUUUCACCGUUCAGACGGCUGGGACGAUCCGACUCAUCCUGUCAAGAGACGAGUCUCUUGCCGGAGCCGUCUACUCCAUAGUUCUGUCGACAACCUCGACAAGCGGUAUCUAUCAUCACGCCAGCGCCUCCUGGCACGACGAGCAGGGCAUCGUGGACGUCCUCAACGCCGACGCGGAACGGGGAAUCUGGGUCACCAAGGCUGAUGCCACCCUCCGGGUGGGGCGGGCGACGGAGAGCGGCCCGCUGCUGGAGUGGACGGACGACCUAUCGGAGAGCGGACCGCCCGACCUGCACGUCGGGUUCAGUUCACGGCAGCCGGCGACGUGGCAGUUCGGCUCAUUCUGCGGAGAGGAAGCCGUACGGAGUGUGUAGUGUUGGAUAUACCCGGUGCACUUCGUACAGGCCUACAGCCCGGUUAUUGCUUCAAUAACUGUAGCUAAAAGCAUCUUGUAAAGCCUUAAUUAACAGUUGAAGUCAGGUUGACUAUCUUUCUUGAGCACCCCUGCCCUCAUCGGUUGAAACGAGCCAUGCUGAUGGUGGGGGGUGUUCUUUUUGUUUUUCAUAGUAUGAACCAGCGAAGUGUAGUUCUUCCCAAUGGAAGCUCUGUUGCUAAGAAAAUUGCGCCCUCUGUUGGUCCACCUCUGGGUGGAGUACUUGCCUCGUUUUGCCUUCCACCAACGCAACCCGGGCUUGAUUCCAAGUGUGUACUUUGCGAUCGACCAUUUUUCUGGAAAUUCAUUUUCUUUACAACCUGUAAAACUGUAAAACCUGUCGUGUUAAUUUAACACCCUGGGAGUCAUAAGAGUAAUGGGUGUACUAUGAUAACACCAUGGCAUUAAAUUAACACAAAUUUAACUCCACAGUUUUUGCAAUGCAACGUCUCUCUCUGAAUGCCCCGUUCAGUUUCUUCCAACUUCCCACUUAUUAUGUGAUAUAAAUGUUUAAAGUUUCGAACAAUUCGUUAAUAUUUCUUGAAGAAAGAGUAGAUAUGAAUAAACUUGAAAACAAACUGAGCAUAUAUCACUGCAUGCAAACCUUAA